UUAUUCUAGGUACGGUCUAUGGUUACUAGGAUGUUCACAUGAUUCAGGCAGAUGUCACGCUACGAUGUUCUUCGGUCUUUUAUUUCAUUUUCAGACUAUCCUUGAGGAGUUUGACACUCAAGUUGGACUUAGAAUCUUCUAUAAUGUUAUGAGUAUGUUACAACUCUUAUCAAAAGAAGGUGAUACAGUCAACGAGGAUGAAGAAUCAUCAUCGAGGCAAAUUGUAUGUCAUGUGUGCGUCGCUCUGAAACGUUACUUAGAGGCCCCUCCCUUUUUUUAAGGCGCACAAACUCCAACUAGGUGAAACAGGACUGCCAAGUGAUAAGGUAGGCAUUUUUUAACGAAUUAGCAGGCUAAAUUUGUGUGGACUGGUCAUGAUGCAACAUAUAAAGAAGUAAAAAACGGUGAAGGCAGACAGUAUUUGAAGAAACAAAUUUUCCUCUCUUUUUCUCUCGAGCGGAUAAUUUUUCAUAGUUUCAUCCACUCAAAGUUGUUUCAUGUUUCUGUUCAAUUUAUUCCUAAUCUAAACCAACCAUAUCUAAUCCAUCUAUAUUUUUUAACUUUUUCCAGCCAGGUUUUGAGAGUCACGGUUGAGGUGAGUUCAGCGUGGCAAAGAAAUCAGGCCUGUCGA